ACUACUUCUCUGAGCAAAAUUAACAAGAAUUAAAUUUAAAAUAGUCCAAAAAAUACGGUUGAGUUUAUUAUUAUAUCUCUGAAUAUAUAUUGCGAAUGUGAAUGAGACUCUUUGAUUAUAUUAUUGUGUUCAAAGGUGUAGUAUUAGAAGGAUUUUUCCUAUUGUUUUGAUCUCGUUUGUGUCUCGUAUAUUGAUUUAUUGUAAGCUACUGACCUGUAUUUGAGUAUUAACGUAAAACUCGUAAAUAUUAGAACGCAAUGUGUGCAAUGUGUGUGCAUUGGACUAUCUAACGUGUAGAAACACACCUAUUAAAAUAAUGAGACUUAUGAAAGAAGAUUGAAUUCGAGUUUUUUAAACUUAAGUUAAUUUUACUAUCGUAAUGGUGUUCAAUUCACAAUGAUGACGCCUAUAGAGGAAAAGAAAGAUGAAAAAAUCCGGACGGGGAUGGUGCAAGUGUCGGACGGCAAGUCGCGGCCGAUGCCGGCGCGGCUGGUGCUCACGAUGGACGCGGUGACCGUGCAGCGCGAGGUCAUCGUGCCCGCGCCGGCGAGGGACAAGAGCGUGCCGCACGCUAGGGAACGUAUGGUCCAAAUAACCAGACAGAAAGUCGGUGGUCUAGGCCUCAGUAUAAAAGGAGGAGCAGAACACAAGCUGCCGAUCCUCAUCUCCAAAAUAUACAAGGACCAAGCGGCUGAUCAGACGGGGCAGCUGUUCGUUGGAGAUGCUGUUAUCAAAGUAAACGGCGAGUACAUAACAGCUUGCAAGCACGACGACGCCGUGAACAUCCUGCGCAACGCUGGUGAUAUAGUCGUGCUCACCGUGAAGCAUUAUAGAGCGGCUACACCGUUUCUGCAGAAACAAGCUGACGGUGCAUCAGACACAGACAGCAGUACGGGAGACGAGCACCCGUCGCUGCACAAUAAAGUUGAUGAUAACUGUAAUACUGAAAAGACUGAAACUAAUGGGGGAUGGCAGAGCGCGUGGGGCGACUCGGUGGAGGCGCGCGAGUCGCGGCCGCCGUCCGUCGCGUCCGACCGGCUCGAGGGCACGCGGGAGUGGGUCGACGUUGUUUCUGUACCUCUGAUGAUGGGCUAUGUGACACGCUACGUGCUUGGGACGGAUAAACUAAGGCCUGGAGCAUUUGAGGUGCGCGGUGCGCGAGCGCAUGUGACGAGCGGAGUGAUCCACGUGGACGAGCCGGCCGCGCUGUCGCACUGGCUCAAGAGCAUCUCCGACAACAUUAUGGGACUUACCAAUCUACAGAUGAAGCUGUUCAACCGUCACCUGCCGGCGGGCGAGCGCAUCGAGUACCUGGGCUGGGUGCAGGAGGGCGAGGUGUGCGGCGCGCAGCCCUGGCAGACAUACCGCCCCAAGUUCCUCGUGCUCAAGGGCACGGACGUCAUGCUGUUUGACACGCCGCCGAUGAACAUAACGGAGCUGGCGAAGUGCCCGGAGGUGCUGAAGGUGUACCAGACGAUGUUCCGCACGGUGAAGGAGAGCGAGACGGUGGACUGGCGCCAGCACUGCUUCCUCGUGCAGAGCUCCAGCGCCGGGCCCGCGGCCGCCGGCCCGCGCUACUUCAGCACCGACACGCGCCACGAGCUGCUGCGCGUCGAGGCCGCCUGGACCGCCAACAUCGUGCACUCGGUGCACCGCCUGGGGAAAAAGACAUUCACCGUGGUGCACAUGGGUCGCGCGGCGGGGCUCACACUAGACUGGGCGAACGGCUUCUCGCUCAGUGAGGGGUCACCCGGCGCACCGCCUGUAUGGGCUUAUAGAUUUUCUCAACUCCGAGGUUCAAGUGAUGACGGUAAAUCCAAACUGAAGUUACAUUUCCAGGACACAGAAACUAAAGUUAUUGAAACAAAGGAGCUGGAAUGCCAGAUACUACAAAGUCUGUUGUUCUGCAUGCACGCGUUCCUCACGGCCAAGGUAGCGUCCGUAGACCCGGCUUUCCUUGCCUCUAUACAACACUCCAAUUGAAGGAAGUCAAAUCAAUUUAGGACGUCCAGUUUUUUGUAGAAAAAAAAGGAACAAACAUUAUUUUUUGUUGAUUUCAAUUUAGAGUUGAGCGAAAUACUGAUAAAAAGAUAUUAUGUUGAAUUAUUUCAGUGAAUUCCGGAGUCGGAACGCAGUAUUAGAUAAAACAAAACUCAAACUUUUAAAUUCAUUGAUAAAAUAUAAUAAACUUAUA